AUGUCCUAUAUCCUGGACGCGGCGUCUAAAGUGAAAUGGGACCGUACGACCGCCGCGAAACGAGCCGUGGUCCUGGCGGCCGCCGCCUACGGCAUCAGGACCCUGUAUCCCAUCAUCUGGAAACGUGUCUCGAGGCGGCAGGGCUGCAGGAACAACACGCAGAUCUCCAAGGUGGAGAACGGCUCAACGGCUCUGGUGGUGAAGUCCUUCGCGGAGCCCAAGAAGAAGCCCUCCCCGGAGCUGAACGCUCUGUUCUUCAAGCAGAUCCUGGACCUCCUCAAGAUCCUCUUCCCCAAACUCCUGUCAAAAGAGCUGGCCUUGCUGUCGUUACACUCCGUCGCGUUGAUCUCAAGGACGUUUCUGUCCAUAUUCGUGGCGAGUCUGGACGGGAAGAUCGUCAAGUCGAUCGUUGAGAAGAACCCGCAGAACUUCAUGCUGCAGCUGAUAAAGUGGCUGCUCAUCGCCAUCCCGGCCACCUUCGUCAACAGCGUGAUCCGCUACCUGGAGUGCAAGCUGGCGCUGGCGUUUCGCACGCGGCUGGUGGACCAUGCCUACCGGACCUACUUCACGGACCAGACCUACUACCGGGUCAGCCACAUGGACGGGCGGCUGGCCAACCCGGACCAGUCUCUCACCGAGGACGUCAUGAUGUUCUCCCAGUCCGUGGCGCAUCUCUACUCCAACCUCACCAAGCCCAUCCUGGACGUAGUCCUCACGUCCUACACGCUGAUCCAGACCGCCCGCUCCAGGGGGGCUAACGCCACGGCGCCCACUCUGCUGGCAGGCCUGGUGGUCUUCGCCACGGCCAAGGUGCUGCGCGCCUGCUCGCCAAAGUUCGGGAAGCUGGUGGCGGAGGAGGCGAACAGGAAGGGGUACCUGCGCUACGUGCACUCCAGGAUCAUCGCGAACGCCGAGGAGAUCGCUUUCUAUGCGGGACACAACGUGGAGAUGCGGCAGCUGCAGAAGUGCUACGCAGCUCUGGCCGACCAGAUGAACCUCAUCCUGUCCAAGCGGCUGUGGUACGUCAUGGUGGAGCAGUUCCUCAUGAAGUACGUGUGGAGCGCCGCCGGCCUGGUCAUGGUGGCAGUGCCCAUCAUCACCGCCACCGGAUUCGCCGACAUGGAAGUGGUUGACGGCCCGGUCCAGGUGAUGGUGAGCGAGCGCACGGAGGCGUUCACCACGGCCCGUAACCUGCUGGUGUCCGGCGCCGACGCCAUUGAGAGGAUCAUGUCCUCGUACAAGGAGGUGACGGAGCUGGCGGGCUACACGGCGCGUGUGCACAACAUGUUCCUGGUGUUUGGCGAGGUGCAGCGGGGCGUGUACAAGCGCUCCGAGGAGUCCACCACCGCCACCGGCGCCGAGAUGAAGAACCAGCCGUCGCUGCACAUCGAGGGCCCGAUGGAAAUCAAAGGUCACGUGAUUGACGUGGAUCAAGGGAUCGUGUGUGAGGACGUCCCCAUCAUCACCCCCAACGGAGACGUGGUCGUCUCCUGCCUCAACUUCAAGGUGGAGGAGGGCAUGCACCUGCUGAUCACCGGCCCUAACGGCUGUGGGAAGAGCUCUCUGUUCCGCAUCCUCAGUGGCCUCUGGCCCGUCUACGGGGGCGUGCUCUACAAACCCUCCCCCAAACACAUGUUCUACAUCCCCCAGAGGCCCUACAUGUCCAUCGGCUCCCUGCGGGACCAGGUCAUCUACCCGGACUCCGUGGAGGACAUGGAGGAGCGGGGGCUCAGGGACCCCCACCUCGAGGCCAUCCUGGACAUCGUCAACCUCAACCACAUCGUCACCCGGGAGGGAGGCUGGGACGCAGAGCUGGACUGGAAGGAUGUUCUCUCAGGAGGAGAGAAGCAGAGGAUGGGCAUGGCCCGCAUGUUCUACCACAGGCCAAAGUACGCACUCCUGGAUGAGUGCACCAGCGCAGUCAGCAUCGACGUGGAGGGGAAGAUCUUCCAGGCCGCCAAGGAUUCUGGCAUCUCCCUGCUGUCCAUCACACACAGACCCUCUCUCUGGAAGUACCACACCCACCUGCUGCAGUUUGACGGCGAGGGGGGCUGGCGCUUCGAGCAGCUGGACACGGCCACGCGCCUCACCCUCACGGAGGAGAAGCAGCGGCUGGAGUCCCAGCUCGCCGGGAUACCCAAGAUGCAACACCGGCUGGACGAGCUCUGCAACAUCCUGGGAGAGGACUCGGUGCUGAAGACCGCCCGCGAGUGACCGCCCGCGAGUCCAUCCCUCCUCGUCCUCCUCCUACAUCCCUACUCCUCCAUCUCUCUCUCUCUCUCCCUCCCUCCUCCUCCUCCUCCUCCAUCCCUCUCUCUCUCACCUUCUCUCAUCCUCUGCUCCUCCAUCCCUCUCUCUCUCACCUUCUCUCAUCCUCUGCUCCUCCAUCCCUCUCUCUCUCUCACCUUCUCUCAUCCUCUGCUCCUCCAUCCCUCUCUCUCUCACCUUCUCUCAUCCUCUGCUCCUCCAUCCCUCUCUCUCUCACCUUCUCUCAUCCUCUGCUCCUCCAUUCAUCCCUCUCUUUCUCCUUCUCUUAUCCUCUCCAUCCAGUAUUACCCUGUCACGUUUUGCUGUGUUUUUCCUGUUUUUUGUUUCUCUUUUUUAACACCGUUUAGGUUUUUAAAGUACGAAAUAUUUAAUCUAGGAUCCACAAAUGUUUAUUGUCCGUUUUUAGCACUUUAGGUUUAUUUUACCGUCCCCUUGUGGGGCUUGUUCAGGAUGGAUGGAACACAGGCUGAGUUUGGCAGGAAGCUAUGGAAGUUUAGCAGGAAGUUGAUGCUGAGUCAAGCAGGAAGUUGUUCUCAUCCACCAUUCGACAGCCUCCAAAACAGUAUUUGUCGGCGUCGAUGUGAGGGUUUCAGGCCGGUGGAUUUAACACGUCUAUUAGGAAUGGGAUUUAGAAUUUCUGAGAGCAUUUCUUUUCCAAGUGCCUGGUGUCCCCGCGGUAGCCAACGUGUCUGUGCGAUCCUAGGUGAUAGACACAGGGAACGACCUUUGACUUAUGAGAGUCAUUGGGUCGUCUGUUUAGUCCAGUUCCUCGUCGACGUCUGAAGCGCCUCACUUUCAGUAGAUGGGAUACACUCGCCCAGAACAAGUUUUUUAUUUUAAUCAACAGCCAUAUUCGAUUUAUAUAUAUACUUUAUUUUGUGUAUGAUUGGUUAUUUUAAAUCUUGAAUACCAGUUCUCGAAAGCAUACUAAAUCGACAGCAAAUCUUCACCCAGUGGAGAGCUGUACAAUCCAAUCCUUAAUCCUGAUUGGUCAAUUGACGUGCUUCGUUUGACCUUCAACCUGUUGGCUGAUGUUAUGAACCAUUUUUUUUAAAACUUUAAAUAUGACAUGUGGUGUUUUUUGUUGACAUGCAGGUGGCAGUUUUACCAUCGUCAGUGGGAGUAGAUUAAAUCAAAUGGAUUAAAUCCUAUAAAUACGAUUUGCGUUUCCAUGUUGGCACAAACGGUUGGUGACAGAAACAGGAAGAGAGUGUGUGGAGAAGUUCAGUCUCCUCGUUGUUCAGGAAGGAGGCGCCACUGAGCUGGCAACAGCAGGCAGCCAUUUUAGGUCUGUUGUUGUGAGGCUGUUUAUUUCCGGUUUGUUGAACGAACACAACAAGCUGAGAGGGGCCGCUUUCUUUUUAGGGAGACGGCAAGAUGGCCACUUUGUCUGUGAUUUUCUGUCGGUCUCUUUUACCUUCUCACUAGCACUACACAAAUAUUGAUAGGAUAACUGCUGUAGGGACACACACACACACACACACACACACACACACACACACACACACACACACACACACACACACACACACACACACACACACCUGCUGCUACGUUCUCCGUAUUGACAAUGAAACCCUUAUUGGUCCAUCUGACUGUCUAACUGUCUGAUCCCAGCUGUUUUUGAUAUUUUUGUUGUUUGGUUCAACUAGGAUAAAAUCCCUACCACACAUCGCUGGAUAUAGAGAUAUAGGAUAUAUAUUGUGUGGUAUAAAUUGUGUCUUGUCCUCCCUCCUUCAAUACCCGUGUUUAUUUGUGAACAAAGGUCAAAGGUCAGGGGGGACUGGCGAGGUAUCUUUGCUCAGCGUCACUUGGGCAGAGGCUGUAGCGGAAGGCCUUGGGUUGAAGGAGAGUUUAGUUUGAUGUUGACGUUGUCAACCUGUUUUCCUACCAGCUGUCCUGAGAUCUGUGGUCAGAACCACACCUUGUUUUUUUCGGUCACACAUUUCAAUUGGUUUCUCGGCUUUUAGGUAACUGGGAGCUGUCGCACAUGUGUAUGUGUGUGCUUAACCCUCACAAUCUGUGGUUGUUUCCAGUGCAGAGGGUGCGUGUGAUAUAGGCGAGUAUCGCUUCAUCCGUGUGUUUAUGAAUUAAUGGGUCUGCAGCAUUGAACUGUGUUUCUGCAGAUGAGUCUUCAUGAAAGGAUCGUGGACUUCCCCCUCUUAGUUUAACGAUUUAUGAAUAGCAGUGUCUCUGCUUCCUAUUGGUCGAGCCUUGUGAUUGUUUGAAGUACAUUUCAUAGACUGAAUGAUGACCUGUUUACGACGUGUUUUAAAGUACUGUGGUUAGACUUGUGCAGUGUCAUAAUCACCGAUAACCAAUCAAAACGAACGUGCAAGGGUUCCAUCACUCUGAUUUCAAACUCUGUUAGCUUUGGCUAUCAGAGCCUGAGGAUGUGAUGGACACAACCAUCACAGCCUGUGGGGUCGGUGGACCGAACCAUCACAGCCAGAGGGUCCAGUGGACUGAACCAUUUGAACACCACUGAUUUACAAAGUUCCACAACCACUAGCACAAUCUGAGUGAUAAUUAUAUAAGACAAUUAAUUAUAUGGUCUCUUUUUGCCUUGUUUUUAUUCUUUUUUUUUUUGUCCUAAAUGUGAAAGUAAAUGUGGGAAUAAAUCAAUAAACCUAAAAUAGAACUCAUGAUGGAGGGUCUUGUAGAGAGACAUUUAACAGUUUGAACCCACUAGCCUUGGGUUUGAGCUGAGACAUGAAUGUUGAUCUAGUUUGAAUCAAUAGGCUGAUUUCUGUGGGAACAUGUUGAAUCUGUGGUGAGAAUCCAGAUGGGUAGAUGACCACAUCUGGCCAACAUAGGAGAGGCCAGGCCCACACCGGGUAUCCGUGAACUUGGAAGUCAUUAUCGCGGUUCCAUGACCACUGAGCUCUGGGUAUUUCUGACUGAGACUCAUUGCCAAUAAACAUUUUUAAUUUUCUAAUUAAUCGGUUGAAGAAUAAAAAGCUGGAUCUGAUUUUCUUUCUAACCUGUGCUUGGUCCUUGAAGUGGUUAGAGGGUUGGAUUCACAAUAAUUCAUUAAUCCAGUGAACUGAUUAAAAACAUGUCUGUAUAUUUUUCUACUUUUAGAGGUUGAUAUCGAUUCUCUUUUAAUCUAGCUGUUAGUAUGUUUUUGUUUUUGUUUAAUCGGUUUCUAGAGAAAUUCAAUCCAAGCGACGAUAAUGUAAGAUAUUGUUGCGGUCACUGGCCUACGUUUACCAUGACGUCCUUACUAACGAAUAUUGAUACCAAUGUCAGUUUCAUAAGUAAGAGAUCGAAUGUAUCCGAUGUGUACAUUAAACCUUAUUAACUGAGGUUUAGUUUCAUUUUCUAUGACUUUAUUAACAAUGCAUGUUUUCUUUUGUACGUAUGAGCGGUACAAAUUAUAUAUUGUGUGUGUGUGUGGAUGAGAUUAUAUAUUAGGAAAUGCUGGCAGGUUGAUGAAAGAGUAACAUGGUAUUAUAGUCUUGAGAGAGUGUAAUAGACUAAAAUUAAAAACACAAAAAUAUGGAAAUGUAAUUUUUGGCUAACUUGAAUUAAAGACAUAAAAUU